GUUUAAUGUUCCUUCAUUUUCUUUGUUGAUUUUAUGCAUGAAAAGUGAACUUAUUUAGAUUAAUUUUCGAAGAUCAAAUGUAAAUGAGAUAAAUUGACCAUUGAAAAAAUAAAAAAAAAAUCGUAAAAUACGUGAAGUUUUGCGAAAAUUAAUAUAACCUCAAUUAUUAUAAAUUAACAUAAUUAAUUAAAUUUAAGCUAAUUCAUGGGAACUUUUAUAUUUUGAUGUUAUUUCGGUUUAAAUAAAUUUAACUGAAUUUAAACAUGGGUAUUUUAGAGAAAAUAUCAGAAAUUGAAAAGGAAAUUGCUCGAACUCAAAAAAAUAAAGCAACUGAGUAUCAUCUUGGUCUCUUGAAAGCAAAACUCGCCAAGUAUAGAUCACAAUUAUUGGAGCCUUCAAAAAAAUCUGAAAAAGGUGAAGGCUUCGAUGUUUUAAAAUCUGGAGAUGCUAGAGUAGCACUUAUUGGUUUUCCUUCUGUGGGAAAGUCUACUCUAUUAAGCACUUUAACUCAUACACAAUCAGAAGCAGCUUCUUACGAGUUUACAACCCUUACUUGUAUUCCUGGGGUUAUUGAAUAUAAAGGUGCUAACAUACAGCUGUUAGAUUUGCCUGGUAUUAUUGAAGGUGCUGCUCAGGGCAAAGGUAGAGGACGUCAAGUAAUAGCAGUUGCAAGAACAGCUGAUUUGGUAUUAAUGAUGUUAGAUGCUACAAAACAAGACGUUCAGAGGCACCUUUUAGAAAAGGAAUUGGAGUCUGUAGGCAUUAGGCUCAAUAAACAAAAACCAAACAUUUAUUUCAAGAUAAAGAAAGGAGGUGGUUUAUCGUUCAAUUCUACAUGCCCAUUAACUAAAGUUGAUGAGAAAUUAGUUCAAAUGAUCCUCCAUGAAUAUAAAAUAUUUAAUGCUGAAGUUUUAUUCAGAGAAGAUUGUAGUGCUGAUGAAUUAAUUGAUGUCAUCAAUGCUAAUCGAGUUUAUCUACCAUGCCUUUAUGUUUAUAAUAAAAUCGAUCAAAUUUCUAUUGAAGAAGUAGAUAGAAUUGCACGGCAGCCUAACAGUGUUGUAGUUAGUUGUAAUAUGAAAUUGAACUUGGAUUUCUUAUUAGAAACACUUUGGGAAUAUCUAUCUUUAAUUAGAGUUUACACGAAGAAACCUGGCCAACCUCCAGACUUUGGGGAUGGUUUAAUUCUUCGUAAAGGAGUAACUGUGGAGCAUGUGUGUCAUGCCAUUCAUCGUAGUCUCGUUGCUCAAUUUAAAUACGCCCUUGUUUGGGGCACGAGUACCAAGUAUUCACCGCAAAGGGUAGGAAUACAGCAUAUAAUGCACGAUGAGGAUGUUAUUCAAAUUGUUAAAAAAUAAACUAAGCUUAAUAAAAACAAAGAAAUAAUUCUUCAA